ACAAAAAAUGGCUGCCCCCAUGGAGGAACAUGCUGCAGUCCCGGGUGACAUCGGGAAAGAUUGCGGAGAUAGAAGUCCGGAUUGCCGACGAUCGAAAGGGAAAAGGCGUAUUUGCUAAGCAACGUUUCAGAAAAAACGAUGUAAUCUUCCGAGAGAAACCAAUAGUAUGUGCCCAGUUUUUAUGGAAUGAGUAUUACAAGUAUUCAGCAUGCGAUCAUUGUAUGAAAUCAUUGGAGACAGCGGAGGAGAUGGCGCGACGGUUGUCGGCUAUUUCGUCACUUGUACUUCCAUAUCCACAGUGUUGUGAAGUAAAAAAAGAUGAACAUGUGUCAUGUCCGGCAUGUCAGACGCAGUAUUGUAGCACAAAAUGUAAGGAGGAUGCAGAAAAGCUAUAUCACAGAGUGCUGUGCAUGGGACAGCAUCCAGCAGAUCCUGAACACCCUAUAGCAAAAUUACAAGAUAUCUGGCGGAACAUGCAUUUCCCCCCUGAGACUGCUAGUAUUAUGUUAAUAGCUAAAAUGAUAGCUAAAAUUAAACAGGCACCUGAUAAAUCUGAAGCAGUCGCUGCAUUCUCACAGUUUAGAAGAGCUACUGUCAAUGAAGAAGCCGAUAUUACACAUAAACUACUUGGAGAGGAAUUUCAGGGUGAUAUAGACAUGCUUUUACCAUUUCUCAAUGAAGCAUUGAAAGAAGAAACUGUAUCACAUUGGUUUACCAGUGAAGGUAUCAGAUCAUUAUUUGCUCUUAUAGGAACAAAUGGCCAAGGUGUCGGAACAAGUUCUCUGAGUGUUUAUGUACAUAACUGUGAUGCGUUAGAUUUAAAUACCGACGACAGACAGCGAUUAGAUUUAUUUAUAGACCAGCUGUAUGUUGAUAUUGAGAAAGAAUCUGGUUCCUUUUUGAACUGUGAAGGCUCAGCGCUUUAUUCUCUACAGAGUUGUUGUAACCAUAGCUGUGUACCAAAUGCUGAGGUAACAUUUCCUGAUAAUGACGCAGCGGUAUCUGUGAUGGCGCUUCAAGACAUUCAGGAAAAUGAGGAAAUUUGCAUAUCAUAUUUAGGUGAAUGUGAUAUUGGAAGAAGCCGACAUUCAAGACAAAAAAUUCUCAGAGAGAAUUACUUGUUCAACUGUAACUGUAUGAAAUGUCAAUCACAGUGUGAUGAUGCUGAUGUGACAAGUGAUGAAGAUGAGGAGGAAAUGGAAGAAGAUUCUAAUUGAUCUUUUCUAAUUGAUGUUUGUGAGUUACAGCCCUGGACAAAAAGGUGUAUCCUAUGUAGAGUGCUGGUUUUGUUGGUGGCUAUAAACUUAUUGAGUUGAGCAAUAUUCCAUGGCGAUACAAUUCAAUGUGUACCACCAACUAGCAUCAUAUAUACAAAGUAAUUUGUUAUCUUUGCAAGUAAAUGCAUUUUAGAAUGUAUAAUACUAAGAAAAAUAAAGCAACGUUGACAAAAAUGA